UUCAUUCAUUCUUUAUAAAUUUUUGUAACUCAUUGAUAAAAAUGUGUAAAAUGAAAUGUGUGUGGGUUAUAGUAGCGUGCUUCAUUAUUAUGGUUACAGCGUUAAAUGAGAAACAAAUGCAAGCUGCUGUAAAGGUCGUUACAAAUGUAUGUACUCAAAAAACAAAAGCAACUUUAGAGGACAUCGAGAAAAUGCACCAUGGAGAUUGGGAAAUAGAUCAUUCUGCCAUGUGCUACAUGCAGUGUGCUUUCAAUAUGUAUAAAUUGAUGCACAAAAACAACACACUUAACUAUGCUUCAGCUAUGCAACAACUUAGUCAGUUACCAGACACUUAUCUAGAAUCUGCAAAAUUAUGUAUGGAUCAAUGUAGAGAUGCAGCUAAGACCUUAAACGAUAAGUGUGUUGCAGCUUAUGAACUUGCCAAAUGCAUGUACUUUUGCAAUCCUGAGAAGUAUUUCCUCCCCUAAGCUUUACUGGAUACGUGGUCAC